UACAGUCAGAAGUAUGUUUGGGCAUUUAAUAUAGAAAUUGAUCACUAUACAAUUUAUAAAGGUGGAAUACAAUCUAUGUUUGGUUUUUCUGUAGCACAAUAUCGUGAUGAAAAACAUCGUGGUUGGAUUAUAGUUGGAGCUCCAUUAAAUCAAACUUAUCAAAAAGAUAUUGAAAAAGGUGGGGCUGUAUUUAAAUGUGAUAUAGCAGAAGAUAAUAGGUGUUUUCCUAUCGAAUUCGAUAAAAAAGGUAUCGAUUAUGUUAGAUCGACAAAAAAUUCCAAAGGUAUAGAACCUAUUGAUGAUAAAUCAUAUCAGUGGUUUGGUGCGACAAUAUCAACUUCAAUGAAAGAUGGAGGCCCACUAUUAGCUUGUGCUCCUAAGUAUCAUUGGUUUGGUUAUAUUAAAGCUAACUGGUCUGUUGCUGGAUUUAAAGAUGUUGUUGGUACAUGCUGGAUAAAUUCAAUGAGUGAUGGGUCAUCUAUAGAAUAUUCGCCAUGCCGUAACAACGAUACAGCCGGACAUCAUCGUCAAGGAAUGUGUCAAGCUGGAAUAGGUGCUGCCUUAACAAAGGAUGGGAAACGAUUAUUUAUUGGCGCUCCUGGUAGUUGGUAUUGGCAAGGGCAAUUAUUUACUAUAGAGAGUAAUAGAACAUUACCAUUUGUUCCUAUUAAAGAAAUACAUGGUACAACAAUAAAAGAGGGAAUUACAUCAUCUUAUGAACAGUUAAAUCUAUUAGCAACUGCUGAAGGCCCAGCACAUGAGGAUAAUAAUUAUCUUGGAUAUUCUGUAAGUGUUGGAGAUUUUCUUGGUAACAGCGAUAGUGGAGUAGCAGUCGGUGUUCCUCGUGGAGCGGAACUUCAUGGAAAAGUAUUGCUUUUUACGUCGCAGCUAUUUAAUCAUCAAAAUAUAACUGGAGAACAAAUGGGUGCAUACUUUGGUUAUGCUUUAGCUGUCAAUGAUAUUGAUGGCGAUGAUCGAGACGAUCUUAUAAUCACCGCUCCUUUUUAUAGUCAACCCGAAUUUUCAGGAAUUAAGAUUGAAACUGGAAGAAUAUACAUAUUUUAUCAAGGAAAAGGAUUGACUAAGUAUCAUAAAUAUGAUAUUAGAAAUGGUGAGAAUAAUAGAGGUCAAUUUGGAUUAUCUGUAGCAUCUUUAGGCGAUAUAAACCUUGAUGGUUUCGGAGAUUUUGUAGUUGGUGAACCUUAUGGAGGAAUCGAAAAUCGCGGUGCAAUAUAUAUUUAUCAUGGCACCAAAGAAGGAGUCGAAAGCAAAUAUUCUCAAGUUAUAUAUUCCGAAAAUCUUGAAAAACCUAUACGAACAUUCGGAUGGUCUGUUAGUGGCGGUUUAGAUUUAGAUGGAAACAAUUAUCCAGAUAUAGUUGUUGGUGCUUAUGAAUCUAAUACGGUUACUUACUUUCGAUCACGACCUGUCAUUAGCAUGUAUUCAGAAAUAAACUUCUUAUCAAAAUCCAUUAAUAUACACAAUAAAACCUGCACUUUAUCUGAUGGUUCAGCUGUGGCUUGUUCGGAGUUAAAAAUCUGUUGUAUGUAUACAGGAUUAGGAUCCUGGUCUCAGCAUAAUUUUAUAGUCCAUCUAUUAUUAGAUGAUAAAAAGAAAAAAAAUCCUCGCCUAUUUUUUCUUGAAUUUGAAAAUAAACAUAUAUUGAAUUGGACAAUCAGUAUAAUAAAAAAUGAACAUCAUUGCCGACAUAUAAAGGUAUACGUAACACAGCAUUUACGAGAUAAAUUAACGUCGUUGGAUGCUGAAAUGUAUAUAGAACUAUUUCAAGAUGAUAAAGAAUUACUAAGUAAUUCGAGAAAACGUAAUCCUAAAAAAAAGUUGAUGGCUAUACUAGGACCAAAAAAUAUAAGAAAACGCGAUUCUCUUACAAUUAAAAAAAAUUGUGGAUCUGAUGAUAUAUGUAUACCAGAUUUAAUAAUAAAUGUAAUUAAAAAUGUUGAUAAAUAUCUUGUAGGCUCUGGUAAAAUACUCGAAUUAGAAGUAAAAAUUCACAAUCUAGGGGAAGAUGCAUUUGAAACUGUAUUUUAUUUACAAUUACCAAUAGGUAUAGAUUAUAUUAAUAUUGAAAGUCAAAAUAAAUCUACAGAAGUUAUUAUUCAAUGUUCUGCUCCAAAAUCGAGUAAUAAUAAUACCUUACGCUGUGAUAUUGGUAAUCCGUUACCAGAAGGAAAAUUUGUUAAAUUUAAAAUUUUUUUACAACCAAUAAUACUUCAUGAUAUGAAAUCAACUUAUGAAUUAUAUAUGAAAGUAAAUUCUACUAAUUUCGAAAAAUCGGAUACUUUCAAUAACAAUCUUUAUAACAUUUCUUUACCAAUAUGGAUUGAAACUGACUUAUCAAUAGAAGGGGAUAGUAAACCGCAGGAAAUUGAUUUUAAUUCAAUUGAUUAUACAAAUAGCGAUUCUAAUUUGCCUAUGAAUACAUAUGAAUUAGGACCGAUAGUAACACACAAUUACACUAUACGUAACAAUGGACCAUCAACUAUUUUACAUAUGACUACAUCACUGAUUUGGGCUGCAGAAACAUAUUCUGGAGAUAUUUUAUUAUAUUUAAUAGAUCAACCAGAUGUAUCAAGCAAUAAAAUUCAAUGCGAUUCUGCUAAUGCGAAUUAUCUCGGUUUUAAAGAGAGAAAAAUACAAAAUAUAAUUAAAACUUCAGAUGAACUUCAGAAAUUGACGGAUAAUGUAUUAAGACCUUCAUCUUUGAAUACUGAAAAUUAUAAAAAUAAUCUUAUCAAAUUUCAAAAUUCUAAAGGAAUCCUUAAAACUUCAAUACAACAAUCAAAAUUGUAUUCAAAAAAAAACAAUAAUGAAUCCAUCAAUAGAGACUUACAAUUACGAAUAUUAAGAAAAACAUUUCGAUUUUCACGAAAUGCAACUAAUCUGUUACCGCAAACUAUAGAAAAUAAAAUUAAUGAAGUUUCAAUUUUUAAUACUUCGUGUAAUACAGCACAAUGUGUAAAUUUACAGUGUAGUGUAGGUCCUUUAAUAAAAGAUGAAGAAGUCUCAAUAUCCGCGCGUUAUCAAAUCAACAUAAAAUCAUUAAAAAAAAUUACACAAAGUGAAAAAAUUAAAGUUUCAACAAAAUUACUUGUUAUUGUUACUUCACAGCCUUUCAUAGGCGAAGCAGCAGAAAGUAUUGUUAGAAGCUAUGAAAUUAUAACUGUAAUUCUACCUAUUACAAAUAUGUAUAAUUUAGAUAUUAUACCGCUUUGGAUUGUAGUAAUAUCGGCAUGUGCUGGAACAACUAUUUUAUUAUUACUUGCAUAUUUACUGUACAAGUGUGGUUUUUUCAAAAGAAACCGACCUAUAAAUGUGCCAGAAAAAGAGCUGCUUAAUCGACCUAGACGGUAUCUCAAUCAAGAUUAAGAACAUUGCAAUUAAUUUUGAUUCAUUCUAUAUAGAAAUUUUAAU